AACGAACGGGAAUCUGUAUGUUAUCCAAUGGUACGCACAACUUUUCCAUCCCAAUGAAGAAUUUGAUAGAUUCUAAGAUUUCUUAUGCUGUUGGAAUCGGUGGAAAUAUCUUUAGUACAAUAACAUUGAUUAUUUUGCUGGCCACGUACUUCUUGUUUUCUGAAUUGAGAACAUUGCCAGGUAAAAAUAUCAUGGCGCUAUCCUGUUGUGUUCUUAUAGUUCACACACUUCAAUUGGUGAUAACAAUUGGAAUCCAUGGUGGUUUUUGUAUUGCAAGUGCAAUAUUACUGCAUUUUGUGAUGUUGAAAAGUUUCUCGUGGAAAGUAAUAUCAUCAUUUGAUUUGUGGUAUACGUUUUCAAGGAAUUUCUUAAGAGAUAACCAAUGGAAGAGAAAGCAAUUUAAAUAUUAUCUCAUCAUCUCCUUUGGUUGUAGUGGUUGUGUAAUAUUUAUAUCACUAAUGUUGGAGUACGCAGGGAAUUGUGGAAUGGGAUAUGGCGCGCAUAAUCAUUGCUUCAUUACAAAACUACUUCCACAUUUUCUUCUUUUUAUCCUUCCAAUUUUGUUAAUCGUUAUAUGCAAUAUUUUCGCUCUAAUUAUUACCAUCCGAAACAUUUCUAAGGCUAAAAAAUCCACUAAGAUGGUUCACCAGUCUUCACACAAUGACGUCAUGUUUCUUUCAAGAAUGUUCAUCAAGAUAUCGAUAGUCAAUGGAACAGGAUGGUGUUUCGGGUUGCUAGGUGCAUUUAUUGCGUCUUCGAUUUGCAUGUACAUAUAUCUCAUCGUUGUUAACUUUCAAGGAUUUUUUAUCUUUUUAGCAUUUUGCGUCAACAGAAGAAUAUUUAAGCUUUAUUGUCAAAAAUACAGACAGCUUAAAUCUAAUUAUACAUUUGAAAAUACUUUUGCAAGCUUUGGACACGAUAGCCACGAAACACAGGAUAACGACGAAGCACACGAAACGCACUAUGCACACGAAACGCACGAUAAUUACGUCAUACCGGAAGACAAUCAAGUGGAGUCUUCUAUUUGAUAUUUGUUUUUCUAUAAACACAACUGAAGAUACCACCAUCCUUUUGCAACCAAUCAAACCAACUAGCAAGUAGUAAAAUUUUUCAAAUUUUAACAAAAGUUUGAAUUACGUUGUUGGCCUGUGUAUACACAAGGAGUAGUGUACUACUACAAACUGCUAUAUAGCUCAGAAUGUAACUGUAAAAUGUUUAUUUUAAUUCCGUUGUUCAAAAA